UGCAUGAUGGAAACACCAUGGCUGCGGCAGCCCAGUUCUCCCUGACACAGUUAUCAAGUGGGAAUCCUGUAUAUGAAAAAUACUAUAGACAGGUUGAUACAGGCAAUACUGGAAGGGUGUUGGCUUCUGAAGCUGCCGCUUUCCUGAAAAAAUCAGGGCUCCCAGACUUGAUACUUGGAAAGAUUUGGGAUUUAGCCGACACAGAUGGCAAAGGUAUCCUGAACAAACAAGAAUUCUUUGUUGCUUUGCGUCUUGUGGCAUGUGCCCAGAAUGGAUUGGAGGUUUCACUGAGUAGCUUGAACCUGGCUGUUCCUCCACCAAGAUUUCAUGAUACCAGUAGUCCUUUGCUAAUCAGUGGAACCUCUGCAGCUGAACUCCCCUGGGCAGUAAAAUCUGAAGACAAGGCCAAAUAUGAUGCAAUUUUUGAUAGUUUAAGCCCAGUGAAUGGAUUUCUGUCCGGUGAUAAAGUGAAACCAGUGUUACUCAACUCUAAGUUACCUCUGGAUAUCCUUGGAAGAGUUUGGGAAUUGAGUGACAUUGACCAUGAUGGAAUGCUUGACAGAGAUGAGUUUGCAGUUGCCAUGUUUUUGAUAUAUCGUGCACUGGAGAAAGAACCUGUGCCAAUGUCCUUGCCUCCAGCCUUGGUGCCACCUUCCAAGAGAAAAACGUAGGUUGUAUCCCCUGCAGAAAAAGCUAAAUAUGAUGAAAUCUUCCUGAAAACUGAUAAAGAUAUGGAUGGAUUUGUAUCUGGAUUGGAGGUUCGUGAAAUCUUCCUGAAAACAGGUUUACCUUCUGCCUUACUAGCCCAUAUUUGGGCAUUAUGUGACACAAAGGACUGUGGGAAGCUUUCAAAAGAUCAGUUUGCAUUGGCUUUUCACUUAAUCAAUCAAAAGUUAAUAAAGGGCAUUGAUCCUCCUCACAUUCUUACUCCUGAGAUGAUUCCACCAUCAGACAGGGCCAGUUUACAAAAGAGCUUCAUAGGAUCAAGUCCUGUUGCAGAUUUCUCUGCUAUUAAGGAACUAGAUACCCUUAACAAUGAAAUAGUUGACUUACAGAGGGAAAAGAAUAACGUGGAACAGGACCUUAAGGAGAGAGAAGAUACUAUUAAACAGAGGACAAGCGAGGUUCAGGAUCUUCAAGAUGAAGUUCAAAGGGAAAAUACUAAUCUGCAAAAACUACAGGCCCAGAAACAACAAGUACAGGAACUCCUUGAUGAACUGGAUGAGCAGAAAGCCCAACUGGAGGAACAACUCAAGGAAGUCAGAAAGAAAUGUGCUGAGGAGGCCCAGCAGAUCUCUUCUCUGAAAGCUGAAUUAACCAGUCAAGAAUCGCAGAUCUCCACUUACGAAGAAGAACUGGCCAAAGCCAGGGAAGAGCUGAGCCGCCUACAGCAAGAAACAGCAGAAUUGGAGGAGAGUGCGGAGUCAGGGAAGGCUCAGCUGGAACCUCUUCAGCAGCACUUACAAGAUUCACAACAGGAAAUCAGUUCAAUGCAAAUGAAACUGAUGGAAAUGAAAGAUCUGGAAAAUCAUAACAAUCAAUUAAAUUGGUGCAGUAGCCCACACAGCAUUCUUGUAAAUGGCGCAAAAGAUUAUUGCAGCCUCAGCACCAGCAGCAGUGAAACAGCCAACCUUAAUGAACACGGUGAAGGCCAGAACAACCUAGAGUCUGAGCCCAUACACCAGGAGUCUCCAGCAAGAAGUAGUCCUGAAAUACCACCUUCAGGUGUGACCGAUGAAAAUGAAGUGCUGACUAUAGCUGUUAAUGAAGAAGUUUGUCCUGAAUUUGACAGUGACAGACAUUCAAAAGAGGAAGAUCCAUUUAAUGUAGACUCAAGUUCACUAACAGAUCCAGUUGCAGAUACAAAGUUGGAUUUUUUCCAGUCCGAUCCUUUUGUUGGCAGCGAUCCUUUCAAGGAUGAUCCUUUUGGGAAAAUUGAUCCGUUUGGUGGUGAUCCUUUCAAAGGUUCAGAUCCAUUUGCAUCUGACUGCUUCUUCAAGCAGUCUUCCACUGAUCCUUUUGCCACUUCAAGCACUGACCCUUUCAGUGCAGCCAACAAUAGCAGUAAUACAUCGGUAGAAACAGUGAAGCACAAUGAUCCUUUUGCUCCUGGUGGAACAGUUGUUGUUGCAGGAAGUGAUUCAGCCACAGACCCUUUUGCUUCUGUUUUUGGAAGUGAAUCCUUUGGAGAUGGAUUUGCUGACUUCAGCACAUUGUUACAGGUCAACAAUGAAGAUCCUUUUAGUUCAGCCACAUUGAGCUCUGUCAGCAAUGUGGUUAUUACAAAAAAUGUGUUUGAGAAAACAUCAGUCAAAAGUGAAGAUGUACCCCCAGCACUGCCACCAAAGAUCGGAACUCCAACAAGACCCUGCCCACCACCACCUGGGAAAAGACCCAGCAACAAAUCGGAUUCUUCUGAUCCAUUUAAACUGAAUGAUCCAUUUCAGCCUUUCCCAGGCAGCGAUAGCCCCAAAGAAAAAGAUCCUGAUAUGUUUUGUGAUCCAUUCACUUCUUCUACUACUACCACUACCAAUAAAGAGGCUGACCCAAGCAAUUUUGCUAACUUCAGUGCUUAUCCCUCUGAAGAAGAUAUGAUUGAAUGGGCCAAGAGGGAAAGUGAGAAAGAGGAAGAGCAGAGGCUUGCCCGACUGAAUCAGCAAGAGCAAGAAGACUUAGAACUGGCCAUUGCACUCAGCAAAUCUGAGAUAUCAGAAGCAUGAAGAAUUCUUUUGUCCUUUGUCAAUAAUACAGUACUCUUCUGCCUGAAUGCUGAAGCUAUUUACAGUGUGUAUCAAAACUACCUAUGAGCAUGGGAAUACAAAAUGUUUGAGAUUCCUUUAAAUGUGACAAAAUUUUAGGUUUUUGUUGUUUUUUGUUUUCUUUUUUUUACUCCAUUUCAGGUUUGUCACUUUUUUUUCUUGUAAAAGCAGUAACCCAGUGAGAUAACUUCACUGGGGCCCCUGCCUAUGCCUGCCUAAGCUACUUUUACUUGUAAAGCUAGAGCACCCAAGCUUCUGCCUUCUGGAGUAUAGAGAAAUAGUUUCACCCUGUGCUACCCUUGUUCUGUAGUUAUUCUGAUGAUAGCCAGUGGGGUUCUUAAAGUUUGCAGUCUUCUCCCCUGAU